UAAAAACUUAUUUUUUAUUAGAUAAUUAGUAGGAUCCUGUGCUUCAUAACGCUUCCAUAUAUUACAUAAUAUAUCAAAAUUCAUUAUUUGCAUGAAUAGUUAUUUAAUUUAGACAGAAUUUAUAUCCCUUAGCUAAUGGCGUCAUCUAGUAGCAGCAGCGAGAACUAAUUUCACUACGACAUUUCGCCACGGAUGGCGCCACUGGUCAUCAUACCGGUAAUUGUCUCGAAUAGAAAUAAAUAAAUAAUAGCAAUUUGUAUUAUUCUAUGAGGUUAAUCCGAUAAGUCAUCAGAUUUGCUAUUAACAGAUACGCAUUUUAAUAAUAUUCUAAUCGAGAAAGUCGUCAAAGCCGAUCUAAAAUAUUCGCCGACUUUCUCCGAUUAUUGUUUCGAACCAUCGAACGAUCACAAUGUCAAAUUGACAUUGUAGUCGCAUAUUUCUCGCGAGGAGAGCGUCGAAAACAAUUCGAACGGUCCGCCUAUGCGGUAUACUUGGCCGAAUCGUGGCGAAUCGCGUUGUUCUCGACACUUGUCGUGCUCUCGACGCUGUUGGGCUCACGCGUAUCUCCCAGUAGGGUUAUUUAAAAAUGGCGGACGCAUCGUUUUCCGACACUACCUCAGAUUGUUGCAAUGAAUGGUAUUCUGAUAUUACCUCUGAACGGUCGGCGUCGGAGUACGUUAUGAUAGGCCAGAAGCCGUGUCUGUCUCACCGUCGUAGCAAAAGACAUUUCUUACAGAAGCUAUUUUUAAGAGAGAUCAGAGGCUGUCUAUCGGCGCACAAUAAUGCAACAGAGGAAAGACUGUUUACUACUGUACCUCCACGGAGACAUUUACUGCUUCUGCAUGUAAUCCCAAAGUCUGCGUUAGAAGCAGGACAUGUCGUGAUGGGAUUGACGCAGUGUGGUCAGUUUUUACUUACGUACACGUACACGAUGGAUGUGUGCCGCAAUACUUCUACGUAUAAAUAUUUGUUACACUGGUGGGCUUUCACUCCGAACUAUAUCGCGCGGAAAGUCGCGCAGGUUACGCUUUUUGGUAAUCACACAAUCCACAGGGAACUUAGUAUCGUUAUAUCGCAAUGGCCGAUGGAGCGGAACAAACUAGUGAUACACGGCCUAUGUACGAAUUGGCUGCAUCUCCAACCAACGGACAGAGCAUACUUAACGAUAACCACGAUACCGUCUCUCGAGAACUGCAAAGAUUGUUUGAAAGUUGCAGAAUCCUUUCAAGAGGAUUUCGAAGAGUUGCUAGCAAAUUGGGACGGUUGUCUGCGACACGAUUGUCUCCAACACGGACUCACCGUUCACACUACCUACGAAGUAACUUCCCCGUACCCGAGGUUCCGAGCUGCGGUCUGUUUGAACUAUUGGAAUCACGUGGUGGUUAACGCGGGGAACUUUUUACACGUACUGAAGGUGGACUUGGACAUUCCGAAGUCCAAAAACCAGAAGACUUGUGAUAAGCAGGACACUGUGAUACCUGACACGGUGCCAUUGGACAUGAGUGACGUGGAGGACGCGCAUUACGCGAAGGUGGAACGUUACGAAAGCUCAGACGAGAAAGUAGGUACGUCCGAGUGCGCGGUCGAGCAGUCCCCGAGUGCGGAACAUGACUUUUUAGAAGAAACAAUUAAAGUAGACGAUAAGUUAGCUCGUGAUCCAUCGAAUACCUCAAGUAGUAGUCAAAGCGAUUGUGUCUGUGAUAUAAAUAAGUCUGCCGAUGCUGUAACUGUUAAGCUGUGUGAAUAUUCGGAUACCUUAGAAUAUAAAUGCUGUAACGCGAGUACGGGAUCUAGAAUCGACCAGCAAGCGAUAUCCGUUAGGGACAAGAUCCUGCAGGACUUCUGCGAGGACAUGUCCCAGGAACUUAACAUUGGUAGCGAUUUAAUUACUCUAGUGAAGCACCCGUCGUGUUCGCCGCGGUCUACGCCUCAAAGGCUUCCUUCUGAUCUCAAGACGACCCCGUGGUCCUCGCCGAUCCUCACCCCGCCCUCAGACAUCCUCAAGACCCGAAAUUCCGAAUCUAGUCAUAAAAGCAUACGCAGUCAGCGUCCCUACUCUCCGCAACCAGGUGCUUCUAAGGAUAACAACGUAACUUCCGUUAAUUUCCCUCUUCACUCCGUCUCCAUGGGCCCUUCUUCCUCGCGUUUGAUGUCCCCUCCCGUCAAGCGAUCCUUCUGGCAUCCCAGCUCUCGAAAACGGUCCAAUCUCCACUCUCCCCCGCCCAUCGUAAACCCCGCGCAAUCGAGAACGAGAGCCACGCACAAGCUCACCCUCGAGGCGGAGAAAGCGUACGAGUUCACGGACGAGGCGCAGGAGACCUGCGAGAAGCUCAGCUCGUUCAGGAAACGCAGACUCGCCGACAAGAAGUACGAGUUCCGCGACGAAACGGAGGACGCCGAGAACAUAAUCCCUUUCAAGCAUAUACGGGAUCAAUUCAAGGAUCGUGGCUGCUCGAUACACCAGAUACCCUCGUCCCCGAUGUCGCCUGUAAUGCCAAACGGUAGGAAGCACUGGGUGGACUCCGACGAAAGCGAAACGGAUUAUUUUGGCGUUAGCCAAGACAUCGGGGUGUCGAACGACUUAAUCACCGAUUCAGCUGAGAAGAAUGUUCUACGUCCGCUGAAUCAGAAUCAACUACCUAACGGAGGUAUAAACAGAGAUCGUACGGGCAAACAUUCUCUGAAUGGUUCGCCACUGGUUCCAAAAAUAGAUUUACAAUAUCCUGUCAUAAAAUGCACUAAACACUUCAAGAGGAGCUACGUUGAACUUGAUGACGAAAUUAUAUCUGUGAUCACGGAUGUCGAAGAUGAAGAGACUGGAGGAUACGUGAGUUAUCAGUGCGUGCUUCCUAUGCUCGUUCAUGGAUCUGGAUACGUUCAAAUGCAAAUGAUCAGCAACAGCAAGGCUGAGAAAUUGAUAGUACCUAGCGUGUCGAUAAACCAAUUAAGUUUCGACAUCGAAACGUUCUGUCACCACAUCGCUGACUGGAUCUGUACGAGAUUUAAAAAGAGAUACUGGCAUUGCAGCGAUUACGACAUCGAGAUAAUAGACGUAUGCGCGUUGAGCGGGGAUAUUAUUUGUUUGUUGAUCAUGAAAAUCCAGGCUAGCGAAAUUGGUAGUCAAACUCAGUGUUCUCAAGAAAGAAAACAGUACAAAGUGGGCUGCAAAUUUACGUGGAACAUCGACACGAACCAGUAUAGAAUAACGGACGUAUUGCCGAUGGAGGAGGUAAAACCAGAAUCUUGGAAAUCGAACUGCACGAACGUUCCGAAUUUUCGGAGUCCUCUGUGGAAUCCGACUCGACGUUUAGCGCCAAAGUUGAGGGAAAAGAUACAGCAACCAUACGCGCACACUGUACGGUUCUUGAAUAACGAGAUGAGCAUAGCAGGUGAAUCCAUAACUAGACUGUACGAUUUGGACAAUUUGGUGGUAUUAUAUAUAAAGCCAAUGUCGCAUUAUACUUAAAUCGAAUAAGGUAACCGUCGAAUCAACGAUAUGUUGCAAACAAUAAUUUAUUUAUUGAUAC